UGAUGAAUCCAGUAAAGCGCCCAGUGAAGCAUAUAACAAGAUAAAAAGCGACAAGAUUGGGAAUAAUACUUCAAUCCCAACUCAAAGAACAAAGCAACACAAUUCCAAAUUUCAUUUACAAAUUUGGCCACAAUGGAGAAUGGGAGUGAGCAUAAACCUACUGUGAUGGUCACAAAUGACGACGGAAUUGACGCACCCGGUUUGAGAUCUCUCGUUCACGUUCUUGUCUCCUCCAAUCUCUUCAAUGUCCUUGUUUGUGCUCCCGAUUCUGAAAAGUCAGCUGUCAGUCAUAGUGUCUCAUGGCAACGUGCACUUUCCGUCAAGAAGGUGGAGAUCAGUGGAGCGACAGCCUUUGCAGUUUCUGGAACUCCAGCAGACUCCACUUCCAUAGGGCUCUCCAAAACGCUCUUCCCCUCAGUACCUGAUCUGGUUGUCAGCGGUAUUAAUAUGGGUAGCAAUUGCGGGUAUCACAUUGUUUACUCAGGGACAGUGGCUGGUGCACGAGAGGCUUUCUUCAAUGGUGUUCCUUCUGUCUCACUGUCAUAUGAAUGGGUUCGUGGAAAAAGCGAAGUUGAUAAUUUCAUAUUGGCUGCUGAAGCUUGCAUGCCCAUCAUUACAGCUAUAUUGGCUGAGAUCAAGAAUAAGACUUACCGUCAGAAUUGCUUUCUUAACAUAGAUGUCCCCGCAGAUGUUACGAAUCACAAGGGUUAUCGCCUGACUAAGCAAGGCAAGAGUGUUUACAAAAUGGGAUGGAAGCAAGUUACUUCUGAAGCACAAGGAGGAAGAAUGUUAUCCACAAUGACGAUGGACUCAUCAACAAGUACAGAAGUAUGUGUGCAAGAGUGCGCUUCAAGCACGCAAGAAGAACACCUAUUGUUUAAGAGAGAAGUCAGGGGAGCACAAGUGGAUGAUGAGGCUGGUGAUUACUCUUUUCUUCAACAAGGCUAUAUUACUGUUACGCCCCUUGGUGCCUUAUCUCCUGCUGCGAUAGAUGAUGUAGAGUUCUUCAAAGGAUGGCUGCCUGGUGUUUGUGAUCAUGUCUCUUCCUCUUCUUAAUAGUGCUCAAUAAGAUGCUCUGCAAUUCGAUAUCAAGGCAGUAGCAGUUAAUCAAUCCAUACAUCACAGAGGUUUUGCAAAUGAAUUUCAUUCUUAUCUCUAUCAUCCUCCCCCCUUCAAAGUUGAUUCUUGAUUUCUAGAUGUCAUAUGUAAGAUCAGGCAUCUAAAAGUUACAAGUACUGCUAAUUUAACACGACUAUGUUUGUUUUUGCUUUAUUUUUUCUUUUAAAUAUAAUUAAUGGUAUCUUUUCCCUUGAA